AUGACAGAGCCAAAUACCACAGAAGCACCUUCAGUUGACGAUUGUGAAUCCCCGAAUUCCGCCAACUCGGUUGCCACCUCACAGGGCGACGUCCCGGUCGAUGACUCGGAUGGAAUACCGGCGAGCGAGCACUACUGGCAGACAGUCUCCGACUUGGCGCCCGAUAUAACAAGGGCUGCGAAAACUAUAUUGUCGAAUAAGAGGCCACAUUUCAAAAAGGUGGUUGCCGUCAUUGCCUACUGGGAGUCAGCUUCCGGGCUGGACCAUCUCCGUGCUCAGGCCGAUAAGCUCGGCAGACUGUUCAAAGACGAUUUCAAGUUCGAGGUACUGGUAUAUAAGAUUCCGGACAAUGUCGAGGAUUGGGAAUUCAUCUCAAUCAUUGGUGGUGAGUUGUGCAAAGUCUCAAAGGAUCGAGACGGUUUGUUCAUCCUGUACUAUGGAGGCUCUGACAAGCAAAGCGAGUAUAAUCUCGCCCAGUUUCCCCAUUAUCAAGACUUUGUGGGUCCAUGUCGCCGCGGCGAAUCUGCCUCGGCGCUGAUCAAGAAGGUGACAUCUCCUGUUGAGUCCGAGAAUCGUCCACGGACUGCUCCCGACGUGCUGCAUCGCCUGACAACAAUGACGGAUGCCGCGGUUUGCGUUGCUAUUACUUUCAAGUGCACCGCGGAAGCAUUCAUGGUAGAAUCCCAAGCCAUCCAAAAGAACUGGCAAAAGUGGUUCAGAUUUGCCCCUACCGAGGUUGAUGAUGUUAUUGUCCAAGCAUGUCGUGAGCCUCCGCCGACGGGGUGUAAAAGAUAUUCUUCUCAGUACGCCUUCACAUGCUCCAAUCCGCCCUGA